CCGCGAGGCAGAGUUGUUUAUCACGACUUCGCCUUAGUAAAGCCUGAGAUUCUUUAAAACAGAAGCUCUGCUUCCCAUGACGCAGAGCGAAGUGUCAACUGGGAUAUUUCUGGUAAAACUGAAAGCAAGAAAAGCGGGUGCCAGUCCCUAGGGGUUUGUGGGUGGGAGUGAGGGGUAGCUUGGGUGCCAUUCUGAAGUGACAGAUGGAUGGACCUUUCAUCUGAGAGAAAGGAGGAGACACAUUGGCAAAUCAAGCUCAAACCUAAGACUGCUUGUGAAGCAAUCUUAAGGAGGGAAAGACAGACACAAGUCAAAAGGAAAGAUCGAAAAGGCAAGAAAGGCACAAAUUGUAGCAGACUGACUGCUUCACCAGCUACUCACCCAAACCGGAGGCAAAAUGUCCUUAAAGUUACCAAGGAACUGGGAUUUCAACCUGAAAGCAGAGGCUGCGAAAAUAGCUCGGACAAGGAGUAUGAUGACUGGUGAGCAGAUGGCGGCCUUUCACCCAUCAUCCACCCCCAAUCCUCUGGAAAGGCCCAUCAAGAUGGGCUGGCUGAAGAAGCAGAGGUCUAUCGUGAAAAACUGGCAGCAGAGGUAUUUUGUACUGAGGGCCCAGCAACUCUACUACUACAAAGACGAAGAGGACAUGAAGCCACAGGGCUGCGUGUAUCUACCAGGAAGUACAAUCAAAGAGAUUGCCACAAACCCAGAAGAAGCUGGGAAGUUUGUCUUUGAAGUUAUUCCAGUCUCAUGGGACCAGAAUCGCAUGGGCCAGGACUCCUAUGUCCUCAUGGCCAGCUCUCAGGCGGAGAUGGAAGAGUGGGUUAAAUUCCUCAGGAGAGUCGCUGGCACACCCUCUGGAGCGGUGUUCGGCCAGCGCUUGGAUGAAACCGUAGCCUAUGAACAGAAGUUUGGCCCUCACCUCGUUCCUAUCCUGGUAGAGAAGUGCACAGAGUUCAUCCUCGAGCAUGGUGUGAAUGAAGAGGGCAUCUUCCGUCUGCCUGGGCAGGACAACCUGGUGAAGCAGCUGAGAGAUGCUUUUGAUGCUGGGGAACGACCCUCCUUUGACAGAGAUACAGAUGUGCACACCGUGGCCUCUCUGCUAAAGCUCUACCUCCGAGACCUCCCAGAACCCGUGGUUCCCUGGAGCCAGUACGAGGGGUUCCUGCUCUGCGGGCAGCUCAUGAAUGCAGAUGAGGCAAAGGCUCAGCAGGAGUUGAUGAAGCAGCUCUCCAGCCUUCCUCGUGACAACUAUAGUCUUCUGAGUUACAUCUGCAGGUUUCUACAUGAAAUCCAGCUGAACUGUGCUGUUAACAAGAUGAGUGUGGACAACCUGGCUACUGUGAUUGGUGUUAAUCUCAUCAGGUCAAAGGUUGAAGAUCCUGCUGUCAUCAUGAGAGGGACUCCUCAGAUCCAAAGAGUGAUGACCAUGAUGAUCAGAGACCAUGAAGUCCUUUUCCCCAAGUCCAAGGAUGCACCCCUGUCACCCCCUGCACAGAAAAACGAUCCUAAGAAACCUCCAGUGCCUCGGAGCUCUGUGGGCUGGGAUGCCACUGAAGAUCCCCCGGUUUCCAGGACAGACAGUUUUAGUAACAUGACAAGUGAUUCUGAUGCCACCAGCCCCACUGGACUGCAACCAGGUGACCAGUAUCAAGAGGACAGCAGCAAGGGCCCCAAGGAAAAGUCAGGAGAUUGGAAGGUGCAAUCUCGUAAAAGGACACAAACACUCCCUAACCGGAAAUGUUUCUUGACAUCAGCUUUUCAAGGUGCCAACAGCAGUAAAGUAGAAAUCUUUAAAAAUGAGUUCUGGUCGCCGUCUUCCGGGGCUAAGCCAGGGGAGGGGCACAGGAGAACUGUGUCCCAAGACUUGCGCCACCUUUCUGACUCCCAGCGGACUUCCACCUAUGACAAUGUCCCUGCUCUGCCAGGGUCCCCUGGAAACUCAGCAAGUGUGUUCUCUGCACCUGCCUGUGACUCCAAGAAAGAUGUUCCUGCCAGCACAAACUCCGAAACUGGGCCUGGAAGAAAGGACUUUGGAGAAGAGGAACUUGAUUCUUUGCAGAGGUUGGUCCACGACCUGAGGAAGGAAAUAGAAACACAGAAGCAGAUGUAUGAGGAACAGAUUAAAAACCUUGAGAAGGAAAAUUAUGAAGUCUGGGCUAAGGUGGUAAGACUCAAUGAAGAACUAGAGAAGGAAAAGAAGAAGUCUGCUGCACUAGAAAUCAGCCUCCGCAACAUGGAGCGCACCCGGGAGGAUGUUGAGAGGAGAAACAAGGUCUUGGAAGAAGAAGUCAAAGAAUUUGUGAAAUCAAUGAAGGAACCCAAGACCAAGACCGAUGCUUGAGGGUCCCAGGAGCACUUCAGAGACAGCCAGAGAGAGGCUCAGCUUUGCUCUUUUUCACAUGCUACCUGAUGACUGCAAAGCAAAGUCGUUCCCUGUGAGGAGAAGGACUUUGGGGGAAAAACAUUACAUUUCCCAGUAAAUAAAUCAAUGGAGUUUGCAGGGAGAUAAGGAUGAGCAGGGGCAUUUGUAAUUGCUUGCUGAUGUACUCAGAAGGGUUUGUUAUUCCAUUGUGAUUUAGGCAGAGCAAGAUGGAACCUUCCAUGGUGGUUGACUAGGUUCAAUGGAGACGUUUGAGGCAGGCAUCGUCUCAACUUGGGCAGAAGGCUGGCCACAGCCUGAAGCUAGGCUGAGGCAUUAGUUCUGUGUUUCUUUGUGUGGAAUCACUGGCCUAGUGAGAUGGCCUCAGGGCAUCUCUAAGACCAGGAGCAGAACCUGAUACUCAAGAAACUCACCUGAAGGGCGGUGUUCUUGGAGACAGCAUGUGCUGGAGCCAAAAACCCAUUAUGCCAUCCCCACUACGGUGCAUGUGCUCCAGGGGGUACCAAACUUAUUAGACCAAGAUGAAACAAACAAUAAGUUCUAUUUAUAAAAGAAAAUUGAUGAGAAAAUUGUAUAUAAAUAAAGUGCAAAAUGAGUAAGGCAGUUGUAAUCCUAUAGAACCUUUAUAAAAAUUAAUAAAGAUACCCCUUUCUUAAGGCAGAUGCAUCCCUCUCAUGGUGAUGGCUUGGUGAGCAGGAUUUCAGUCCCCACUUGUCUUUCAGUGGCCCCAGUUGUGUAUGGAGGGCCUAGGAACAAAUGGAGGGCCAACUAUGAUAUGACCUCAGAGGCUUGUUGUAGACUUGCAUAAUAAUAAUCAUGAUGAUAUUUGUUUUUGCUUCGUAACAGUGCAAGUAACUUUACUCUUUAGAGGGCCAUCAGACACUAGGCACUAACUGGAAGAGGGGCUUUCCCAUAUCAAGCCAGCCUGGCAGAGGUCCCUGGUCAGACCCCUGAACCCUAGCUAGGAUGGUUGAGUCUUUUAUAGUUUUGUCACCAUUCUAGUUAGGUGAUCUCCAAAGACUUUUUGAUUGUGUACCCCAUCAGUAGAAAAUUUUGAACUCCCCCCUAAUUUUGAAUAGAUAUAUUUAUUUGCUUAUAAAUUAUUGUCUACCCUCUACAUCUGUGGGCUUUGCAGCCAUAGAUUCAACCAACCACAGAUAAAAAAAUAUUUUUGGGGAAAAUUUUAUCUGUACUAAACAUGUACAGAGUUUUUUCUUAUUUUUCCUAAAAAAUACAG